GGGGUGGUUUUCAUCACUGUUCAAGUGACAAAGGUGGAGGAUUUUGCGCGUAUGCUGAUAUCACACUGGCUAUAAAGUUCUUAUUUGAAAGAGUCCAAGGGGUGUCUAAAGCCACGAUUAUUGAUCUGGAUGCUCAUCAGGGAAAUGGCCAUGAGAGGGACUUUAUGGAUGAUCAUCGGGUAUAUAUUAUGGAUGCAUACAAUAGAUAUAUCUAUCCAGGGGAUGGAAUUGCUAAACGUGCCAUAAAACGAAAAGUGGAAUUAGAGUGGGGUACAGAAGACACAGAAUAUCUUCAGAAGGUCCAUACUCAUGUGGAAGGAGCAUUAAAUGAAUUAAAACCUGACAUCAUUGUUUAUAAUGCUGGGACUGAUAUUUUGGAUGGCGAUCCAUUGGGAGGACUUGCCAUUUCACCUCAGGGAAUUGUCAAGAGAGAUGAAGUUGUGUUCAAGGCUGCUAGAAGCCGCAGAAUCCCAAUCCUGAUGGUGACUUCUGGAGGUUACCAGAAGAGGACAGCGCGGAUUAUUGCCGAUUCCAUCAUCAAUUUGCACAACCUGGGGCUUAUUGACAAGGAACUAGCAACCAGUGGAGCUGGAAAUCCCAAGGUAGAACAGAUGAUUAGAGACUCUGCUAAAGACAUAAGCAAAUUGUCACUGCAAUGACAAGUUAAUAAGUUUUGAAGGAAACAACUUCCUGGUUUAGGAGCAGGAAGUCUCCACGUCGUUAUCAGGGUUAAUAUAAUGUAUUUUAAAAAGGCUUGCCUGU